GGAAGAGUUUGUUCAAUAAAUUAGAAGUUAUGAAGGCUGUGAGAGACAAACGUGAUUUGACACAGGGCUGGCAGCUGGACUAGUACAAGGCUGGGAGCAGGUCUUCACUGUGUUCAGAUAUUAUUUUUCAUACGUUAAUCGUAUUCAUGCUUUAUUGACAUUUCUUUUUUUAGAACGAUAAAACAACAUUUUUCACUGUGGUUACAUUUAAAACCAUCUUCACUGGAAGUGAGAAGUCACGAGCUCUUUCUGGACAUACAAACACCGAGACUUCCUCGCGACAUUUCUCAGUGUUUUGAGAGUAGAGUGUGGCCGGUGAAACUUACUAACUGAGCUGUUUUGAACUUUGAGUUAACAUCCAACAGCCUGGCAUAGGAAGAAGAGGAUGCGCUGCUGACUGGAUCCCACAGAACCCUGUCGAAUAAUGAUCAGAGAUCUAGUCAUAGUGCUGCCUCCUGUUUCUGUGUGUGUGCCUGUGAACCACAAGGUGACUCUGAGUGUCCGUGCUGAGGGCACAGGUAUUCUCAACUAUCAGUGGUUCACUGUUGGUCAGGAAGAGGUUCCCGGUGGCAUUGGAGCAGACUUAACCAUCAAAGCCAAACAAACUCAGCCCUUUGCGUGCAGAGUGAGCGACCACUUUAAUAACUAUGUGUUCAGUAACUGGGUACAAGUGAAGGUACUGGACAUUGAUAAAUCAGGUUUGCCAGUGCACUGGGAGGGCGAGCCACACAUUGUUGUCAACCCUAAACCCCAGACAGUUAAAAUAGGUACAAAAUUUACUCUGCGCUGUUUAGCCUUCGGCAUCCAGACCCCUAACUAUCAGUGGUACAGGAAUGGACAGCUACUGCCGGACAAAACCAAGGACACGAUGCAGAUUGAAUGUGCCUCAGCUGAACACAAAGGAUCAUACUUGUGCUCCGUAUCCAACAUACAAGCAGAGAGAUGGACUGAACCAGUCGAUGUUGACAUUGUGCUAAUUGACCAGCUCCAUCUCGCAGCACCCACAGCCACUGAUAAAGUUGCCCUACUUAUUGGCAACCUGAAUUACACAAACCACCCUGGCUUGAUGGCCCCAAUCAUGGAUGUCCACGAGCUGGCCAACCUCCUGCAGCAGCUUGGCUUCAGAGUGGUUUCACUACUGGAUCUCAGCAGGGAGGAGAUGCUUGCUGCUAUCGACAAAUUCAUUCAGCUCCUUGACAGAGGGGUUUAUGGUCUUUUCUACUACGCGGGUCAUGGGUAUGAACGUGCUGGGAGGAAUUACCUGGUAGCUGUUGAUGCUCCACAGCCAUACAGACCUGAAAACUGUGUCUGUGUGCAGAGGAUCAUGCUCAGUAUGCAGCAAAGACAGACUGCACUGAGUGUUAUCCUUCUGGAUACCUGCAGAAAAUGGUACAACCAGGAUUGCAUUCCAUCAGCCAUCAUGUCAUUGGGACCCAGUGGGAACACUGUUUAUGGUUAUGCAACGUGUGAAGAUGCCGAGGCUUUUGAGGUGCAGGACGGGGGGAAAAGUACUGGAAUCUUCACAAAGUACCUGAACGCACACAUCCUACAGCCUGAAAAAGUCACACAUAUUUUGGAGAGGGUGUCUGAGGAUCUUGGAAGAGACCCUCUGAUCAUAGGCAAGCAGGUAGUGGAAAUCAAACACACCCUGAAGGAACCAAGAUCUCUUGCCGACCCAGUUCGCACCACCGGCCACACGAGAGAACUUCACCUGCGAGAUGUUUGCUGGAGACAAGCAAAUGAGCUACCACGGAAGAAGCAGCUGAUGUUCUUAUGCGGAGUAAAAGUGGAAGUGAGCUUCUCGGCUUUGUUCUCAAAUGUCUUGGUGGCUUUUGCCACUGUUAAAACUACAGACCCCCAAACCCAGGACUGCACUGUCACUCUGAGUAGCACACCUCCAAUGGAAGACUUGUUUUCUGGCCCCAGCAGGUCAGAGGAGUUGGACUCUCUUCUGUUCUCAAAAUCUGACAACCCUGAUUGUUAUCUACGACUUUGUGCUCUUCAAAAACUUAAGGAAUCACUGGUCAUCAAAGUGGAUCUACACUAUACACACAUGGACAGUAAGCUGCGCAAGACAGAAAGCCUAAAGAUGGACAUAGGAAAGCCUCUGGUGGCAUCUUGUAAACUUCACAGGAGGAAUCAUGCAGCAACAACCAAGACUAAAGAAGGGGCUUCUUCUCAAAGUAUGGGCAAAAUUUCAAGUGGCAAAUCAAAGCUGCACAAAACACUGGCUGGUCCAUGCCGUCCUUUCACCAGAAAGGCAGAGUGUGCUCCUAAAGUCGGAGGUACAAGGAGCAACGAACCUGAAGAGAAUGAUGAAAAUGAACUGCAAGAAUAUACUCUUUGCCAUUAGACCUGUCUGGUCCCAGUACUGUAAAUACUAUAUUUAAUAAAUGAAUGCUUUUACUUGUGUGAUUAUGUUGUGUAACUGCAAAUCUCACUAGUUUUUGAUUGGUGAUGAAAGAAUGAGAGUGAAUGAAUGAGGUCUCAGUUUGGUUUGUGAUGCUGACCCUAAAUUCUUAGCUCAACACUGAAGAUACCAUAACACUCAAUUUGGCAAACCACUGAUUUAAUUACACUGUUGUAAAUAAACAUUUAAUAAAUGUCACUUUUUAAUCAGCUGAAAGCUAAAUAUCCUAAUUUAUGAAAUGCAAAGUAUGGAAACCAUUGCCGUUACUAACUUGUCUAAUAAAAACUCUUUUUUGAAACGUG